GGCCCUCGAUUUAUGGAACGCAAUCUGGUAUGGUGCACUUUCGGGACCUUCGCGACCAACUAUUCCCACGAUAAGAUUAACCUGGACCCCUUCUGCGACUACGCUUUUAUACCGCUUUACACUCGAGGACGGGACACCUUGCUGGACGACAGCAAUCCGAUCACCCAGCAGCUCCUCGGCAAUGCUCAGAAGGCGACAAGGACGAAGUACGCCAUCCAGCUGCCGCACCUGAACAUCUCCAAAGCGCAGCAAGACAUGGAUAACAACGCGGGACGAGCCAAAAUGGUCGAAUACUGGACAACGAAGAAGAUCUACCACUACGCCAUCCUCGACCUCGAGUGCAAGCCAUGGCUGAGGAUGAAUAUUAAGAAAGAAGUGAAGGCUGUGUUCGAUAUGCUCAAGAAGUUGCGAAAAAGGGGAGAACAGCUCAAGAAGGACCAUCCGCAGCCACCCGCCCCCGAAUUCGGCCUCGUCAUUCUGGGCAUUCGGAUUUGGCCAGUGAACAGCAUGGAGUUCCUCAAGGAAGUCAACAACAACCUACAGCGAUUUCAAGUUGACGGUUUCGUGCCCUGGACGCACUUCACGGAGGACGAGUACAAGGCCAGCUACCCUUCGUGCUGGAUCACAGGGGCGACCCCGUAUAACAACAGUGGGGACAACAACACCAACAUCUGGGGCGCGGUAAGUUUGCCUUCAGGAAUCUCUUCAUGA